AUGUCGAACCUCCCCUCGCAGCAUCCCACCCUCUCCCUCCACCUCACCGACCUCACCCUCACCCCGCUCAUCACGUCGUCGUCGUCGCAAAGCCACCUCGAGUCCCUCACCAAACUCACCUCCAGCGCCAUCACCUCCCAGACCACCGCCCAGCGCGCCAACCUCGGCCGCCCGCAGCGCAUCAUGGUCGAGUACCCGGACUCGGGCGCCGUCGUCUUGCAGUCCUACCUCGACCCCCGGGAAUCCGGCGGCGGCAGCGGUGUCGAUCACAUCUCAUCCGAGCCGGACUCGUUUUCAAAAUACAAGUACAAGGACGAGCACGAGCACAUGGCCGACGACGACGACGAUAGCAGCAGCACUCGCACCCCUGACACGGCACGACCCGCCACUGUUGACGACUCCGUGGCGCCCGUGUUGAUCAGCGUCGUCGUCGCUGCUACCUCGGACGAUGCGAGAGAGGCGAGGCGCGCUGCGGCGAGGCUGGAGCGUAUUGGGCGAGAGUUUCAGAGGGAGUGGACGGCGCAGGGCUUGGAGCAGGACACCGACGGGAGGAGCAGCAACCCCGAGUGA